AUGAGAAUUUUUAUUAACAAUAUAAACACUUAUGUUGGAAGCUGUUUGUGUAAGACACUAGAUAUUAUACAAAAUGAAAAAUGUGAAAUAUAUGGUACACUAACAAGCCAAAAUGAAGAGAAUGAAGAGAAUGAAGAAGAUAUGUAUAAUUAUAAUAAUGUAAAAAAAAUAGUAUCAAAAACAAAUAAAAAUAAAUUGCUAAAAUAUAUAACUACCUCAAAUUUAUGUCUAUUUGAUAUGCACAAUACAUCUAUAGAAGAAAUAGAAUACAUUAUAAGAAAAUUAAAAAAUGAAGAAAUAAAAACAAAACUAACUUUUAUUCUCAUUUCAUCUAUUAUGACUUGGAAUAAAACUAAAAGAAAGUUUGUUAAAAAAAAAAUUGACGAAAAUAGUGGCGAAAAAGGUGGCGAAAAAAAUGACGAAAAAAGUGGCGAAAAAAAUGACGAAAAAAAUGAUGAAAAAAAUAAUAUAGACAAAUAUAGAUAUAUACCAGAAAUCUUUAGAGAAAAAGAUUAUUUAAAAAGAAUACCAUCAUCUAAUUUUAAAGAAUUAAAAACGAUUGAAACACUUUUUUUGUCAUUAGAUUCUAUUAAAAAUAUAAAUACAUAUGUUGUUGCAUCAGGUAUACUAUAUGGAAAUGGAGAAAAUGUUUUUUUUCCAAUUUUUAAAAAUGCAUGGUUUGGAAAUGAUAAUCAAAUUAUUGAUAAAGGAGAUAAUUUUAUUCCUGUUAUUCAUGUUAAAGGAUUAUGCGAAUAUGUUAAAAAUGUUUUUAUUUACAAUCCUGAAAUAAAAUAUCUUAUAGCAGUUGAUCAGGAACAUGUUACACAAAAAGAUAUUAUAAAAUCUGUUGCAAAUCAUAUGUCCGCUAAUAAUAACUAUUUAUCUGUAUCGUCUUAUGAUUCUAUUUUUAUUAAAGACUCUGAAAAGUUAUGUAUAAACUUGAGAUUCCAGUGCACACAGUUUUGGAAUCUUAAUCAGGUAGAUGCAAUCGCCGAAAAAAAAAAAGACGAUCCGAACGAGUUAAGCGAAGAAAAUAGCGAAAAUAGCGAAAGCGAAGAAAAUAGAGAAAAUAGCGAAAAUAGCGAACAUGGCGAACGUGAAGAAAGUGAAGAAAAUAGCGAACAUGGCGAACGUGAAGAAAAUAGCGAACGUGGCGAACGUGAAAAACGCGGGGAAGGAGAGGGGUGCGUUAAAUUUCACUGUCAAGAUGGAUUCGUAAAAAAUAUUUCGAUUUUAGCGAGAGAAUUUUGCGAAUAUCGAAAUCUUAAAUCGUUAAAAAUAGUUAUCAUAGGACCACCAGGGGUAGGGAAAACAUUUAUUGGUAAAAAAAUUUGUGAACAUUAUAAUUUAAAGAUAUGUUCUAUUAAAACAGUAUUAGAUGAAUGCAAAAAAAAUAAUUAUAAGUUUCCAGAAUAUUAUACAAACAAUUUAAAUGAUGAUGGAAAAAUAAAUAAACUAAAUUUAAACGAUCUUUCAUUAAUAUUAUACAAAAAAUUAAAAAGCAAUGAAUGUAAAUUUAGAGGAUAUGUCUUAGAUUCAUUUCCUAGAAAUUAUUAUGAGGCAAAAAUGUUUUUUGGAAAAAAUUCUGUUUCAAAUGUAGUAGACACUUCAAAAGAUCUUACUUUUUUAAAAAAUGAAAAACGAAGAAAUAGUAAUAAAUCGAAACAUAGCGAAGAAAAUGAAAUGAGCUUAAGUAAUGUAGAUUACGAAAGUGAAGAAGAUAAAUCAAGUAACUAUAGCAAUAAAAAAACAUCUAGCCAAUCAGAUAUAUCAGAAGACUUAGAUAAAUUAGAAAAUGAAGAUCAAACAAACGAAAAUAGUGAUUCUUUAAAUGAACAUCAAACAAACGAAAAUAGUGAUUCUUUAAACGAAGAACAAAUAACCGAAAAUAGUGAUAAUUUAAGUGAAAAUACAAAAAAAAAUAAAAAAUAUGAUAUAAAAAAUGAUAAUGAAGAAAAUAAAAAUAUACAUCCAACAAAUAAUCCUAUAUUUCCAGAAUUUGUUAUAAUUCUAAAAUCAGAAGAAGAUCUUUGCAGAAGCAGAAUGAUGAAUCUACCAAAAGAGGAAAUUAUCAAAGGACAUAAUGAUGAAAAGGGUUUUGAAAGACGAUAUAAUAAAUAUAUAGAAGAAAAUUGUAGAAAUGAUUAUUUAGAAUUUGAUAAAAAAAAUACAAUUGAAGAUUAUUUUAUAGAAAAUGAAAUAGAAGUUUUAAAUAUAAAUAUAAAUGAAAAAUCAAUUCUUGAAGAUAUAUUAACAAAUAUAUAUAUAUAUAUUGAAAAAAAUAAAAAAUUUUAUAAUUUUUUGCCUUCUACUGAUGAAAUUUUAAAAAAAAAAUUACAUGAACAAGAAAUAAAAUUAUUAAAUGAAAAAGAAAAUAUAAAAAAAAAAGAAGAUAAUAUUAUUAAUGAAGAAUUAAAUAAAAAUGAUGAAUUAAUAAAAGCUGAAAAAAAAAGACAACAAUUACUUAUGGAAUAUCAGCAACAAUAUAUACACAAUCAAUCAUUACCCUUACGAUUUUAUUUAAUUAAAAACAUUUUACCAAUUUUAACUGAUGCAUUAAUAUAUAUUUGUAAAACAAAACCAAAAAACCCAUGUUUACAUAUAGCAGAAUAUUUAUUGGAAAAUGCACAUAAAUACAAUGUUGAUGAAACUAGUUUACCUUUAAUACCACCCCAAAAAAAUGAAGAUCAAAAAGAUUUUCCAAAUGAUUAA